GCAAAUGUAUUUCAUAUUUGUGUUAUGAUGAAUCGAAUCUGAAAAGAGAGACCAGCCCACGAAUCAGAUGGUUGCUCACAGUCAAACAAUAAUUAAACCCAUGGAUUUUGAUUAUUCUUUUACCAUAAAAAAAUAAAAAAUCGUCAAAAAUAGUCAAAAAUCAAAAUCCAUUAAUCGACUAAGAAUAGAAAGAUAAAACCAACGAUUGCACACAGGCAUCACUGCCGGAAGUUCCAACUACCAACCAUGAGAGUUCGAGCUCUCAAGUAGCAGGAGCCAGGAAGAGAGAAAGCUUUCUUUUGGCCUUCUUGGGGUUUCUUUCGGAGGGAGUUGGACACUUGACCAAUGGAUAUCGAUUCCUCCCACAAACAAGAUACUCAUAUUCAAACUACAACAAGGGAGACAUCAUCAGGAUCCCCCGAUUCCUUAUGGAGGAAAUUUUCCAAGUUUAGUACCAUGGCUUGGGAAACAUACAGAAUGAAGCCAGCCUCAUACUGGAUUUUGCUAUUUCUAAGCAGUGGGGCAAUGCUUCUGGCUUUUCCUGCUUCCAGCCUCUUAUCUCGUCUCUAUUAUGCCAAUGGGGGCAAGAGCAAGUGGAUCAUAUCAUGGGUGGCAGUUGCAGGGUGGCCUCUGACUGCUCUAUUCUUGGUUCCUAUAUACUUUCUCACCAAUACUCAGCCCACUGCUCUUACCUUCAAACUCACUCUCUCUUAUAUUUUUUUGGGCUUCUUAAGUGCUGCUGACAACCUCAUGUUUUCAUGGGCUUAUGCCUACCUCCCGGCAUCAACCGCUUCUCUUCUUGCAUCAUCUUCCCUUGUGUUCUCUGCACUCUUUGGGUAUUUUAUUGUGAAAAACAAGUUGAACAGCUCCACCAUAAAUGCCAUUGUGAUCAUCACUGCUGCCAUGGUUAUCAUUGCCUUGGAUUCAGAAUCAGAUAGGUAUAGCUAUAUCAGUAACAAGCAAUAUAUUAUGGGAUUUAUCUGGGACAUUUUGGGAUCAGCUCUCCAUGGACUAAUCUUUGCUCUUUCAGAGCUAGUUUUUGUGAAAUUACUGGGGAGAAGAUCCUACCAUGUUGUUUUGGAGCAGCAGGUCAUGGUUUCUCUAUUUGCAUUUAUCUUCACCACAAUUGGGGUCAUUGUGAAUAAUGACUUCCAAGGCAUGAAAUCUGAAGCUAAAAGUUUCAAGCAUGGGGAAACUGCAUACUGCAUGGUCCUCAUCUGGGGUGCUAUUACUUUUCAACUGGGGGUGUUAGGUGGCACUGCUGUGCUCUUUUUGGCCUCUACUGUGCUGGCCGGUGUUCUUAAUGCAGUAAGGGUACCUCUCACAAGCAUUGCAGCCGUUAUCUUGUUUAACGAUCCCAUGAGUGGUUUCAAAAUACUCUCACUGAUAAUUACUUUUUGGGGAUUUGCAUCAUACAUUUAUGGUCAUUCCUCUCUGAGUAAAGGGUCCAUGUAACAAUCAGUUUGUAAUCUUCCAUUGUCUGGUUAAAUUUGUUGUAAUAUAUCCAGUUGAUACAAUACAAAUUCAUUUUCCUUGUUAUUUUGUUUUA